AGUCUAAGCCUUCAGCUCACCAACUUCUCGACGAGCAGCCGGUUAGAAAUUUCUACAUUGUAUUACUGAAAAUAAAUUUGGAACUAUCAUUUGAAUAACUUAACAAGUAAAUUAUUUUAACAAUAUCUAUUUUAUUAUAAUAUUUUCUUAGAUAUAAUUAAUAUUUUAUUUAGAGUACAUCCGUUUUUAGGUCACAUUCGAAGAGAGGAUAUAUAGAAUUAGCUUUUUUUUUCCUCGUCUCUCCUUGUCUUUCUAUAAGUGUAUAUUCUUUCAAAAUAUAUAAAUAGGUUCGUUUCUCUCGUAAAAUAAUUCUUUCUAUUUGUUUUAAGUUUACGUUUUACAAAUUGUAUUAAUUCGAAAUUGUAUGCUUUAUUUAGUAAGAAUAAUAUAUUUAGAUUGAGUAGCGCUAGGCGUAUAUUAGUGGUUAUGGCAGUCUUUUUGAAUUUUUUAUUAAUUUAACUGAAUAAAUAGUCAUUUUAAAUUUCUAGGACGAAAUGUCUAGACAAAAGUAAAAUUCUUUGAAUAUUGCCAAGACAUAGUCUUAUUUAUUAAUACUUAGGGAAUUACACAAGAAUCAACGAAAAAUAAGUAUAUUCCUUACGCUGAAAUUUACCUUCGAUUUUUUUUCUCUAAAGAAAAUAUUAUAGGUCUAAUGUUUGAACAAUGCUCUUCCUGAGAAAUGGUGUGCAUGCUUAAAUAUAUAUUUCCUAUAUAGGCCAUUAUAUUUAGCCUAGUAAUUGUCGAGCGAUUUUCAUGAUAAGCAAAUAUUAAAUGAGCAAUUGAUGCGGUGAAAACGUAUCUAAAAUCUAAUUUAUUCCAGUUAUUAGCUUUAUACAUACUUUAGGAUAUAGAUCCGAAUAAUUUUCCUAUUUAACUAUGCAUCUAGUCUAUUUAUGAUGAAAUUGUGUAAUAAUAGUGCAUAAUUUUGAAACCCUAGACAGUAUGUCCGAAAACAGUUCCAACACAACGGUGGAUGAUAAUGUAGUCAAGGAGAAAGAACUACUAAUGGGUGAUAAUGUUCAUGUUGGAAAUGACGAUAACGAGGUACACGUAACUCCUCGAAAUGAAGAAUUAAAGGAGGAUAGAGACAAACUCGUUGACAUAAAUGUAAAUGAAAUUCAAGAUAUUGAAAAUAAAUCAGAGAAAGUUCCUGCUACAGAUGCUAGUAAAAACGAUGCUGCUCUUCUAAAUGAAAACUCAAACGAAGAAGAAAACAAAGACAACGAAAACAGCGUUGAAAAGCGAGUAGAUGAUAUUUCGAGUGAAGUCGACUUAAAUCAAGAUCAAAUACCAAGCUAUUCUUCAGAGAAGGAUGAUAAUUCUCAGGCUGUACAGUAUGUUUCUGAGGAGAGUAAAAAUACUUGCGACAACGAAGAAUUGUCUUCCAAUAACGAGAAUAUUCAAAUUGAGAAAACAGAAAUGGAGAAAGUAUCUUCUUCAGAAGAAUUAGAAAAAGAUCUCCCAUCGGAAAAACCGUCAAACGAGGAUGUACAAGAUGAUAUCUCUACUGAACAGCCUUCAAUAGGAGAUAAUCCACCAUCGCUAAAUAAGGAAUCAAAUCAAGAAAUAAAUAAUAGCAAUCUUCUAAAUUUUACCAACGAAGGGGUAGAAGAUGAAACAUUGUUAAUCCGUGGUCUAGCUGCCAGUGAAGAAGAUUUCAGGCUAAACGGUCAACCACAGAUUUCUGCUGAAGAAAAUAUUUCUUCACCCAAUGAUAUUCCAUCGCCUACCGAAGAAUUUAGUAAUACAGUUACUUCCACUCCGCUGACUACUACGCUGCAUCAACUGAUAGAAGAUCCUAUAGUUGGAAGUCAAGAGAUGCUAACUUCAGAAGAGUUAAUAAAUGUGGAGUCUUUAGCCAAAGAUCAAUAUUUAUCCACUACAGAUGUUGAUAAAUCUCUUAAUACAAGCGCAGGGGAGCUCACAGCUCCUCAACCAGAAGAACCGUCAUCUCAACUCGUCGAGCCUUUAUCCUCUCAAACUGAAGAACAUUUAGCCCCAGAUUCAGAAGAACUCUGCGCAACAAAGUCUGAAGAUAGGGCUGCCGAUUUGCCUCAAGACCUUCAAGAGAGGAUCACCUCAGAUGAAGAUCGAUUGGAUUCUACAGAAAAAUCAAAUACUAAUGCUUCCCAAGAUAACCGAUUUGAAUCCCCUUCAUUAGAAGACCAGGAAAUUCGUGCAGAAGAUCAAUCAUCAAAUGCUUUUAGUCAAAACUCCGCUCCUAAUGAAGACAUCAACAAGUACACAGAAGAGUCAAAUUCUGAAAAUUCUCUUAUUGAUGUUGGUGAAGGAAGUAUACCUAACGACAAACAAAAUCAAUCUGCUCUUAACCAAAGGGAGUUGAUAUUAGAUGAUAUGAAGAUCGCUUCAGAUCAAGAGUCAAAAAAUGCAGCCGAUCAAGUAAAUGAAGAGGAAAAAGAAGAAAAUAUAGAAGAAAAGCCCUUCUCUCUCGAAGAAAAUCUUUCGCAAAAUACAGAUCUUCCAGUGUCCGAUUCUGUAACUGAAGAAAUUCUAAUUCCACAAGAGACCGAAAAUUUCUCAACAGAUAAGCUUACUCCUUGUGAAGAAGACGAAGAAAAUAUCGACUCAGAGAAAGAAUUCUCUCGAGAAAAUAGCAAUGAUCCAGAACCUGUAAUCGAAGAAAUGUCGAAAAAUCAAAUUGAGCUGGAGGAAAGUAUGCCUCAAUCAUAUGAAACAAAUGAAUGUGAGGAUUUUGUAGAAAUCGAGGAAAGAAAACUCUUAGCAUCCUCUCCACAAGAAGAAAUCAUGGACAAUCUGGAAAACGAAGAAAAAUUCGAAUGCUACGAAGAAACCGAAAACGUGCCAAGUCACUAUAGCGAUAUGUCAGCUAAUCCUGAUAAAAAAUUAAAUGUAGAGUCCCUUCAGACGAGAUUAACGGACCCUGAGCAACUUGACGCAAAUAAUGGAGUUUCCGAAAAUUUAUUGGAAUAUACUGAAGAAGUUGCAACCAACAUUUUACAGAGUAGUCGCGAAGAAAUUGCCAGAAAAUCGACAACCAGGAGUUUUUGGUCAAGAGAAUACCAAGAAUUCCUGAAAAAAAAAUUAUCGUCUUUACCUUCUCUUAUAUUCUUCAGUUUUAUAUUUAUUUCCGGUGUUCUAGGCUCUUCUCUCGAAAUGAGCGUUCUACCUUUUGCGCUCUUCAACGUUGUUGCAUUUUUAAGUAUUUUUCUAAUCUAUAAGUGCUUUUUGAGUUGCUAA